AACAUGAGCCGACAACCACUUCCAAGAAGAGGAUCACUCCCUGCACGGCUGUCGAAGGGACUUUGGCUUCAAUUACUACUACUGCGCCAGAAUAUGAAAACGAAAGUGUAAUCGACGCUUCAGAGAAAAUUACGUUCAACAAAGGCAGAACAAGCCAUGCUGAUGAUACCUGCAAUCACGACGGCGCAGCGAGAGCAGAUCGACACGGAGACGUGGCAAUCGAGAACUCAGGCGUUUCAAGAGGAGAAGUAGUUCUGCAAUCAAACAGCGCCAGCGUCAAGAAUGGUCCUGAAAGCGUGUCAUGUGUCUCCCUCAAUCCUCAUCGCAGCAGCGAACAAGAAGCUACAACGUGUUCUCAAAAUUCUUCGGAUAACGACAUCAAAACCAGAGUUCUUGACCUACGAGCACUUCGGACCCCUUCAGAGCGCCUUCGCGUUGCCCUCGCACACAUAUCCCCGAAACGAGCUGAGCAAUUUUGGAGCUGGUUUCGCUUAUCCGGUGUCGUCUCCACAAUGGUCGACGAGCUAAGCACCUCAGCAGGAGGACAUCUUCCUUUUCCGACGAUGCAGGAAAUGCUAGUAGAGCGGCAAGCUUCUAAGGCUGUGAAGAGCAGAAUACGCGAAGUGUCACCAGCAGCGCAACUCCUUAGAAUGGCCAAAUCUCCUGCUUCAGUUCCUGCUUCAGGUUCAACAGAUGAGGCACAAGCAGCAGCGACAUUAGCAUCCCCUGAGGACCCGGACGUCGCAGACGCACCUUCUACAACUACACCUUCUAGUACGACUACAACUACACCUUCUACUUCUGAAUCGUGGCAGUUCUACAAGGAAGAGCAGAAGCGAAUCUUGGAGGUUUGGCAGGAAUGGUCCCGCAAUAAUUAUCCAGAGCAUGAUGACGCAGAGAAUUUGUAUCAAUUAAGGCAAGUUCUUCAGGGAAAUUGUGAUUACUGUUAAUGUUCUUUAGGGAAAUUGUGAUUUACUGAAUUGAGACAGAGUCAUCACUGUUUUUAAGGUCCUUAGCUCCUGACUUCCUUCUUAUGUAGAAGACUUAAGUAGAGAAAUCAUGCUCUCUAGUACACCUCAUCUCAUUUAUUUAUCUCACGUAUAAGUGUUUAACCUUAACCUUCUCCUCCACUUUAUCUCUCAGUUUUCUCAGGCACUUAUCUCACGCUUACCACGUUAUUACUAGAGUCGUCUGGAAUAUGAGAAAACAAAGUGAAAAAACGAGUCUCCAGAUGACUCCUUCGUAAAUAGGAACUUCGUAAAUAGGAACAUCGUAGUAUUAGUACACCUCUAAAACAUAUUGAAGAGGGCAUCGCGCGCCGACGGGAGGGAAGACGGAUUAGUGGUUUUGGGCUCCUCGUCACUUGCAUUCGACACGACAAUCCAUCCUUAGAAGUGAUAACCGGCUGUCGAUGGGUGCCGGACGAUGCGAAUUCACCACCUGAGACUCUUCAAUCUGGAAACACUUCGAGUAGUACACAACAACUACAUGUUAUGAUGAAAGGGAAAAAUUUACUCAGCUGCAUACUCAAAAGAUUAUAGAUCGUAGGUUCCACGAAGGAAGCUGCCUCUCUUCGUGAGUAUGAGUACUACACUUUAUCCUUUCAUAGAACAGCCGCAGGAAGAGCAAAAGGAUCGAACAGAUGGAAGUAGUUCUAGUUCCAGCACAGGAAGAGCAGGGGCAGCGUACGUAGCUGCAGACCAUGGCAGUGCAGAAGACGGCGCAAGAAUUAUCAAGCAUGUGAAUAGAAGGCCAUCCAAUUGGGAGCCGGGUCAUUGGGAGGUAGAAAAUGCGAGUCAUGAUCUCCUCGCGUGUGAUGUAUCUACACCUUCUGAAGAGCAGCAGCAAGGCUAUAAUCACGGAAAGACUCACCAACAUCAUGCAGAUAGCUUUAGUACGACCAACAUGAGCAGCAAACAAGAUCAAGAAGACACUCAUUCGCAUGUUGACCUAGAAUCUAGCGUGAAGCAAUCUCAACCCAGCUCCUCUUCUACGCCCAGUACCUCUCCAGAAUCGAUAUCGAUGUGCGUCAACACGGCCGCCGAGAAAUGCACCUAUUUUAAUAAACUACCUCUAGCUCGUGCAGGUACAUCAAGAGAAGGAGAAAAACCUAUCAUGUCUACUCCUCCUGAUGAAGCUGAUUCAUUGGGGGCGUCGACAUCAACAGCUACUUCUGGCACCAAUAAGGCAGACGAGGAGGAGUUGCAAAGGCGUCGGAUGGUCGCAGUUGCAAAAGCAGUAUGAGGUGGAUCUGGACUCAUCACGGUGUAUUAAAUAGGUAGUCUAAGUAAGUUAUUCAGUGUUGAUGUAUGUGUGAAAAGAAAGAGGCAGAGAAAUGCUCUGCUACUGCUAGUACAUGUAGAUAUUGUGGAUAGAAUAGAUGAAUACUAAUACUUUUUGGACAGUCAACGCAUCAAUUCUCCGUUUUUAUUCUCGUACAUCACUUCUAACCGAUAAAAAAAUUCUAGCAAACUGUUUCUUUCGUCGUGAUGACUCUUGGUUGUGGUCCUCAUUAUUGUUGCCGUUUCCGUUGUAAUAUUUCUGCUCCUCAUUGUAUCAGUUUUUUUUUGAAACGACAGUUAGUUUCAGUCUCGGAUGCAGUGACUGUUGCUGGUAUCAUAUCUUUGGACAUCAAGUUGGUUUUGCUAUAGCAAUAAGCUGUUCGUCGUCGUGCGUAGAUGUAUCUCGUUGUUUCCGUUGGCAUAUCUAAGAUAGAUUUUUUGUUGCACAGAAAGACUGUUUCGUCAUUUGUGUUGCUGGAUGAGAGACUAUGAAUUGGUUACACAAUCUGAAAUCUGUUCGUUUCUGUGUAGUUUUCCACUUGAAUAGUAGACCUUGGUGAAAGAAGUAGACUACUUGAUAUUAAAAUACAACUCGGUCGUAAGAAGUAUCAUCCAGAACCGGGUACAGAUGGUAAAACCUCCACAGAAGAAAGAUCAGAAACACGUAAAGUACGUAUACUGAAUGUAGGUGUUGCACAGAUCUCCACUUUGAUGACGUCAAAAUUUUCAGCGUUUCUGCAGCAAGGUCGUCAAUAGUACCAGCUUCGUCUGAGAAAGCUCGAACUCAAAUCAAGUUCCAGUAGAAACUGUC